UCUUUGCCUUCAGGAAGGUAUUGUUCAAAACAUGGCUGCUGUCCUGGAAGAGAUGAUGACUGCAUCGUUGCUUUUCCUGAGAUGAAUGCCACGUGUUACUGUGAUUUAUUCUGUGGCAGAUAUUCAGUGGGAGCCAAUGACUGCUGUCCUGACUUUUUGACUUUCUGUCUUUCUGGAGAUCCAGCUCCAACAUCAGCUACGGAAAAACCUCCCACAUCAACAACUAGGCAUCAACCAAGAUGCAUUAAAGAUGGAAUGGAAUAUGAAGAUGGAUUUUCAAUCAAGGAAAACUGCAAUUACUGCACAUGUAAACAAAAAGCAUGGAUAUGUACAAAGAAGGUGUGUCUUGUUCAUCAAGAGAUGAUACAGUCUAUCAAUAGCAGGCAUGUUGGCUGGACAGCCAGUAACUACAGUCAUUUUUGGGGUAUGACUCUUGAUGAAGGUAUUCGGUAUCGACUUGGCACUAUCCCUCCAUCUGCAAACAUUUUAGCAAUGAAUGCGAUUAAAGUUAUUGCAGAUUUAAAGUAUGACAUGCCUGAGUUCUUCAUUGCCUCCUAUAAGUGGCCAGGUUGGAUCCAUGGACCACUUGACCAGCACAAUUGUGCUGCUUCUUGGGCCUUUUCAACAGCAACUGUUGCAGCUGAUAGAAUAGCAAUCCACUCUAUGGGUCGUAGAAAAGCUAACCUCUCACCUCAGAAUUUAAUAUCAUGUGAUACCAAAAACCCAAAUGGCUGCAGUGGAGGAAGAAUUGACAGUGCAUGGUGGUAUUUAAGGCACCAUGGUUUAGUGUCAAAUGAAUGUUACCCUUUCUCAAUGGACUACAAAUAUGGAAAGGAUACUUGCAUGAUGGCAAGUAGACCUGCUGGAAAUGGAAAAAGACAUGCUACCAUGACCUGCCCAAACAGUGUUGUGAAUUCCAAUGAAAUAUCCCUGUGUACACCUCCAUACAGGAUUCCAUCAAAUGAAACCGAAAUAAUGAAAGAAAUCUUGGAAAAUGGACCCGUUCAAGCUGUGAUGCAAGUACAUGGAGACUUUUUUCUGUAUAAAGAAGGAAUUUACAGAUACACCAAUGUUGCAAAAAGAAUGCCAGAAAAUGAUCAAAAACAAGGCACCCAUUCAGUCAAACUAACAGGCUGGGGUCAUCAGAAAGGACCAGAUGGAAAGAAAGUUAAGUUUUGGAUUGCUACAAACUCUUGGGGAAAGUGGUGGGGAGAAAAUGGAAGUUUUCGGAUUGUGCGAGGAGAAAAUGAGAGUGGUAUUGAACAACUAAUUAUUGGUGUAUGGGGUCAAAGUGGACCAAACUGAUACUGUUAUAUACCUGUUUUUUAAUUAUUUUACACAUUCAUUUUAUAAUUUUGUUAUGUAUUUGUUUUAAUAUUGUGAUUAUAUCAUGUAUCUGUUAUUGUAUUGUGCCUUAACAAUAUCCAGCAAUCAGCGUUAUGCUACUGCAAACAUAUAUUUUUGUAGUUUGAUUAGAUAUGCAUGGAUAUUAUACCACACUUUUACCCAAUUUAUAGAUUUACCAUUUUUUAAAAUGUUUUUAAAAUUGCAUUUACAUUAUGAAUUCUUGACAAUUCCCAGUAAUAUUUAAUAGUAAAUAGUGUGUAAUAUGUGCCAUAAAAUAGACUGCUACAUGCUUGUAAUACAUCAAACAAAUGUUAAAUGACAAGAUAUUUAUUAUAUUUCCUAAUGUGUAAUUAAAAUUAUGAAAAGUUUCAGGUAGGAUAUCGAUAAAUACACCUGCAAAUGUGGUCAAUUGAUUGGUAGGAAAAUUCAAAGACUGGAUCAAGGAUAUAAAUUACAUAUUGUAUAACCUCCAGUCAGUUGGUGCAGUAGCUACAACCACUAGUAUUCAAGUCAGGUACAUUUAAAUCUACCUCUCACUGCAUGUUGUGCAAUGCUUUUGAGUUUACCUCCUUACCAACCUUCAUUUAACAUUCAGCCUCUUUCGGCCCCAGAGUGGAAUUAUUUACAUUUGUGUUACUAUGGUUUCCGUGGCCAUUUUCCCAGGUAGCGCACUAGCACACUUGGUAACUCAAGGCAAAGUGGUUCAUAUGAACACACAAAACAUUCAGUUACCAGCAGAGUGUGCCAGACAGCUUUAACGAAUUAGCUGCAGUACUGAAUUAUUUUUAAAGUCUUCCCUUAGUCAGCAUAUUCCCAGUCAGUUUUCACCCGAUCACGGGGAGGGGAGCACUAUUAAGACAAACAAAAGGAGAGCAAGUAAGUUCGGAAUCUACUCCUCAGUUUUAGUUUCCAAUCAUAGACAUAAAGUAGGACACAGAUUAAAAUAUAUAUAUAUAUAUAUAUAUACAAAACUGCAACAGGAUUUCGGCAUUUCUCUAUUUUUUUUCCUUCAGAAACAGUGCAUGCUAAAUCAGCCAAGGGGUCUUUGCUCUAACAUUAUCUAGUGAACACCAUUCUGUAUUGACCGCAAAACAAAAUAAAACCUGUUCCACAGCACCAGAUUAAAUUUGCUAUCACGUGAAAAUGUUGUUGACAAAUGUACAGCCAGUAGAUAGACUGGUAGUUACUCUAAACACUCUUUAUCAGUGUCUCCAUAUGGUAUUAAGAUGUCAAAACAUUUGUUUUUAGAAUAUACAGAAUUUAUUUUUAGUACUUGUAAAUGUCUUAUGGUUUUGUGUUAGUUAUAGUAUUCACCAAUAAAAUUCAACAUUUACAUAUAAAGGUUAGUCAUUUCUAAAUAUGUAUUAAACAAGGGUUUAAUUAUCUAAGGGAUUGCCCUAAAAAUAAAUCAGUUUAUUAACUUAUAAUCACUUCUAAACUACAGUACUUGCCCAGCUUUCCAUGCAAUGAAAGUAUUACUAGAUAUUACAAAUUAAUAACAUGUAUAACUAUUCAAAUAAGAACAAGGAA